UCCCUGAGUAAUUGUCUGUCUGCCCAUGUUGCAGCGGAAACGCUUCAGUCACCUUCGCCAGUGAAGGUUGGUCCGCUCUCCGUCAGCGGAGGAGGGAGGGUCAACAUGGCGUCCGAGGAGGAGAGCUCCAAUGGCCCCGUGAAGAAGACCAUGCGUGAGAAGGCUAUAGAGAGGCGCAACGUCAACAAGGAGCACAACAGCAACUUCAAAGCGGGAUAUGUACCCAUCGAAGAAGAACGUCUUCAUAAGACUGGGCUGAGGGGACGCAAGGGAAACAUGGCUGUUUGCAUCAUUGUGCUCCUCUUCCUGCUCGCCUUAAUCAAUCUCAUUAUCACGCUGGUAAUAUGGACGGUGAUCCGAAUUGGCCCGAACGGCUGCGACAGCAUGGAGUUCCACGAGAGCGGCCUGCUGCGCUUCAAACAGAAGGCCGACAUGGGGAUUGUUCAUCCUUUGCACAAGAGCACGGUCGGCGGCCGCAGAGACCAGGACCUGGUCAUCGUGGGCAACAACAACCCGGUUGUGUUCCAGCAAGGCAACACAAAGCUGAGCGUGGAAAAGGACAAGACCUCCGUCGUCAGCGACGUCGGCAUAUCCUUCACAGACCCUCGGACGCAGACAACUUUCUUCAGCACAGACUUUGAAAACCACGAGUUCCACCUGCCCAAAGGAGUCAAAGUCCUCAGUGUUAAAAAAGCGUCCACUGAACGGAUCACCAGCAGCGCAUCAUCUGAUCUGAACAUCAAGGGAGACACUAAGGCCAUCAUUCGCGGUAAUGAGGGAGUGAACAUCAUGGGCCGCACUGUGGAGUUUAAAAUGGGUGGAGACAUUGAGCUUAGAGCUGAGAACAGCAUCGUCCUCAACGGGUCAGUAAUGUUCAACGCCACACGCAUUCCCAGCUCCACAGACCUGACGUUCAACGACGGCCUGGAGAGGUACAAGCUCUGCAUGUGCGAAGAUGGGACUCUGUUCCGCGUACUGGUGAAGUUUCCCAACAUGGGCUGCCAGAUCUCAGACAACCCGUGUGGGAAAGCUCACUAGCGCCGCCGUUCCAUCCGCCUGCAGUCGGCCGACUGUGAAAUCAGACAAGCCUCUUUCGAAAAUGCGCAUUUUGGACUGAGUUCAGUUUAAAUUUGAGUUAAACUUGGCGGUUAAGGUGUGUCGUUUCUUUACAUUUUAUUACAAAUCUACCCAAAGACAUUACUGGCGUUCAUUAAAAAAAAAAACAUUGUUUUCAUAAGACUCAUCAACCUCUAUCCUAAAUUCAGAAAACUAUUGUAAACAAUAAGUUGUUGUGCAGUUUACGCCGCAUGUUUGUAGCAGUCAGAAGCUGCUGUAUUUAUUUUCUGCUUCUCUGUCACCUCACAUCUGUUCACAAAAGGGUUUGUGUAAAAGUGUUAACUGACUCCAUCGAGACACUACAUGACGAUUAACUUUAAAAUAUGCAGAACUCAAAACUAGCCCUAGUACAUAACACAUAAUAGAGAACAUCUCUUUCUGCACAUGUUGAACUGUUUAUCAUGCACGUGCCAACGGAUUUAAAGGGAUGAAAUGUUAUUUAUAUUUUACAUAAAUUGUGAAGCUUUCCUAAUGCUAAUAGUAAGGAGUAUACGAGUUGUGCUAACAGAGCAGCGCUUUGCAAAAGUAUUCACACCUAUUGAACUUUUCACAUUUAUAGUACAUUGAUUCCCGUCCAAUUCACAAUUACGCUUUACUUUGCCUCAAGAUACAUGAAUAAAAU